UGAUACGUCGAAGCCGUCGUUUGUCGCAUACUAUACUCAAGGCGAGGAGGUGGUUGCUGUGGCUUCUAUGAUGAAGGAUCCUUAUAUGACGCAGAGCGCCGAGCUGAUGAGGAGGGGCAAGAUGCCCAAGAAGAGCGAGCUGCAAAAAGGCGUGGAUAUCAUGGAGGUUGGCGUGCCGUCGGAUAUCAAGAUCUGAGAGGAUAUGAGUCUUACGCGUGGAUAAUGGAAAGGAUAGCAGGUCCGGAGAAAAGGAUGCCGUCUGGAGUAGAAAGGGGCAUUGUCCAGAGGAACCACUUCUUCCGAAUGACGUCAAAGAGGGAAUGUGAUGUCUGCCUAUCCAUGACCUCCCUGAACUCACCAUGUGCGAGCAGAGAACAGAGCCUAAAGGCCUCCAGUGUGCACCCGGGCGCCAGCACAAGUCAUGUCUUGCAGCAAUUAGAGCCGAGUCGCACCAGGUCAGCGACGAGGGUGUCUACCGCCCCAAGCGCCCGAUUAAUUUCUGACAAAGCGUUCGCCCAGCGGCAGCGCCGAUGGCCUAAAAAAGAAAAUUGUAGAAUUUUGCCUAGCUUCACGUCCAAGUUCACGAGGUCCCGACACAAGCCAGCGUAUCCCGUCCUGCCGCAAAAGGGCCGCUCGGAAUGCUCUGCAGCAAAUGCGCUGCGAGUCAUUCCGACGCAGACGCUGAUUGGUGGGUUUGGCGAGCGGGCUCGGAAAUGUAGCCGUAAGCUCUAGUGUGUCCCUUGCAGACGGCGAGCCGUUGCUCCAGCGCGAGCGCGUUGUUGAUGUUCUCGCGAUAGGGAUCCAAGGGAGGAAAGGGCAGGGAAAGGGCGUGUUGAUUGGGCUCUGGGCUCCCGAGGAAGAGACAGUUGGCGACGAGGUUUUGUUGUUGUUGUUGAUG